GCAGACAGCGGACGAGGGCGUCACCCGUCACGGGUCUGAAUUGAGUUUUUGGGGGAUAGAUAUCUGGCGAUAGUGCCGGGGCAAGAAUAAAUGAAAGAUAUCUCAUUAAUAAUGGGAAUUGGGGACUGUGCUGUAAAAGACAUCAUCCUUCACUAUGGCUGCCACCAACUCCCUCGACCACCUGAGCAACCGCAUGAAGCUGGAGUGGCACUCCAAGCUCAACACCGAGAUGGUGCCCUCCAAGAACUUCCGCCGCACCUCCAUCAUCGGCACCAUCGGUCCCAAGACCAACUCCGUGGAGAAGAUCAACGCUCUCCGCAGAUCCGGUCUGAACGUUGUUCGUAUGAACUUCUCUCACGGCUCUUAUGAGUACCACCAAUCCGUCAUCGACAACGCCCGUGAGGCCGCCAGAACCCAGACCGGCCGUCCUCUCGCCAUUGCUCUGGACACCAAAGGUCCCGAGAUCCGUACCGGAAACACUCCCGGCGAUGUGGAUAUCCCCAUCAAGCAGGGCCACGAGCUCAACAUCACCACUGACGAACAAUAUGCCACUGCCUCCGACGACAAGAACAUGUACCUGGACUACAAGAACAUCACCAAGGUGAUCUCGCCCGGCAAGCUCAUCUAUGUCGAUGAUGGUAUCCUUUCCUUCGAGGUCCUGGAGGUCGUUGACGACAAGACCCUGCGUGUCAAGUGCUUGAACAACGGCAACAUCUCUUCCCGAAAGGGUGUCAACUUGCCCGGCACUGACGUCGACCUUCCCGCUCUCUCCGAGAAGGACAUUGCCGAUCUCCGCUUUGGUGUCAAGAACGAUGUUGACAUGGUCUUCGCUUCUUUCAUCCGUCGCGGCAGCGACAUCCGCCACAUCCGUGAGAUUCUCGGCGAGGAGGGCAAGGAGAUCCAGAUCAUUGCCAAGAUCGAGAACCAACAGGGUGUCAACAACUUCGACGAGAUUCUCGAGGAGACCGACGGUGUCAUGGUCGCCCGUGGUGACCUUGGUAUCGAGAUCCCCGCCCCCAAGGUCUUCAUCGCCCAGAAGAUGAUGAUCGCCAAGUGUAACAUCAAGGGUAAGCCCGUCAUCUGUGCCACUCAGAUGCUCGAGUCCAUGACGUACAACCCUCGUCCCACUCGUGCCGAGGUGUCUGAUGUUGCCAACGCCGUCCUGGAUGGCGCCGACUGUGUCAUGCUGUCGGGAGAGACCGCCAAGGGCUCUUACCCCGAGGAGGCCGUCAAGAUGAUGUCCGAGACCUGCCUGCUCGCCGAGGUUGCCAUCCCCCACUUCAACGUGUUCGAUGAGCUCCGCAACCUUGCUCCCCGCCCCACCGACACCGUUGAGUCCAUUGCCAUGGCUGCUGUUUCCGCCAGUCUGGAGCUCAACGCCGGUGCCAUUGUUGUCUUGACCACCAGUGGUAAAACCGCUCGCCUCCUUUCCAAGUACCGCCCCGUCUGCCCCAUUGUUAUGGUUUCCCGUAACCCCAAGGCCACUCGGUACUCUCACCUGUACCGCGGUGUCUGGCCCUUCCUCUUCCCCGAGAAGAAGCCCGACUUCAACGUCAAGAUCUGGCAGGAGGAUGUUGACCGCCGUCUCAAGUGGGGUAUCUCCCACGCUCUUAAGCUCGGCAUCAUCAACAAGGGCGACAACAUCGUCUGUGUCCAGGGAUGGCGCGGCGGUAUGGGCCACACCAACACCGUCCGUGUGGUCCCUGCUGAGGAGAACCUCGGCCUGGCUGAGUAAAUGCAAUCCGGGAUGCCACCGUGCGGUGGAUGACGCGGUAACGACAGCGAUUGGAUAGAAGCGCCAAGGGGGUGUCUCUGGAUAUCGUAGACCGGUCUCGUCACGACGCGACGACCAGGGAGUCUGCACGCGAGCAGGCUGCUUGUGUCUUCACUGCGAGACUCGUUAGUCGGGGUAGGACGAGGAGCACCAGGAGUGCGCACUUGGGUCUACCACAUCAUUCUUUGACCCGGACGCGCUGGGGGCGGCACGCACCUUUGGAGACGUAAUCUGUAUUCAUCUUGAUUUGACGUUAGUUAGCCAGCCAUAUGGUGGACUUUGCUGCGAUCAAAAGCUAGAUUAAUAAGUUAUCCAUUCAUGGCUGAAUGAUA